AUGGGAGCCGUACCUUCUACACCGCGCUGGGGUGGCAGCAGCUCCGCCGCGCGUCCACUGGACACGGCGGAGUACCUGAUCUCUACUUUCAUCGGCGACGAGUCGUUUCCUAUCUCCUCCGAUUUCUGGUAUAAACUCCUCGAACUCCCUCUCAACCUCCAGUGGCCGCCUCACCGCGUUCAUGAAGCUUGCCAGGCUCUUGGUUCGUCAAUUUCUCUCUUUCUUCUCACAGUUUCUAUAUUCUGA